AGUUCAUUCAACGGAUCAAAGCUGAAGGAUAAGGGUGGUAGUGGCAGGGAUCAGAGAACAAAGCGCGCGCUCAUAUUUUCGGCGUAUUUUGACUGUGGAUUUGUUUAUUUAUCACGGCCCUUCAAGUUCAAAGUGAACUUCAGAGGAAAAGGAGAAGCUCAUGGGAUUUUCCAAAUCCAAAAAAAAUCGCAGCGAUACACCAGACGAAAUUCUUGCUACCAAAAGGCCCUUUCCGCAGCUGGAACAUGAUGAGAUAAGAAUUCUGGUGUUCAAGGAAUGUGAUCGGAAAGGAAAAACCCUACUGUUUGACUCUAAGGCUGUUCCAAAGAGCGACAGUCAACAGGAUGCAGGGCAGAAUAGAAUUUCUGAUUCGGAUAAGAGACUCUCUGGAGGUCCCAGGCUUGAGCAAAAAGGAAGCAGAUCUCCCACACAGAAGUCAAAAUUACAGUAUGCAAGACAAAGUCAUGAUUCCAAAAUGUUGGGGGAGAUGAUCUUUGGCUCAGUAGCAAUGACAUACAAGGGCCAAACAGUCAAAGUCCAUGAAAUCAGAACUCCUCAUCAGCUAUUAUUGACAAAUGUGUUUGCUGUCCAACCAAGAAUUGUUCUGCCCAGCUGUGGCGAUUCAAGUGAUUAUUUUAGUACCAGCAGCAGCCAUGUAGACUCAGGAAUCGGAGACAGUUCAAACAGACAUGAUCUAGGCUGUGGAUCGUUGUCAUCACAGAACAGUUUAUCCAAACUUGAAGAUUCUGUUCUUGGGCCUUCAUCUAAGCCAAUGGCUGUUCCAGGUUCUUCACCAGUGGUUGCUAUUGAUGCUGAUGAAGACAGUGGAUUCACAGCAUCUGUUGACAGUAAUACGUCACUAGGGUUUAAUUCAGCAUCCUCGCCCUGUGGCAGUUACCAAAGACGUCUCCGUCGGAGCCAUGUGACCAGCAUUGACAACAGUUUCGGAAGGAAGAGCGAAGAGUUACCAGAAGUUAUUUCUCCACCAGUGGGAAGGAGACCAAAGCUUGGCAUUGGUAUUUUAUUUACUCUUGGCGACAACGAAGAAAAAAGCAGAGCUCUUCAAGGUGUCUUUUUUGCCCAUUUCCCUUUGUUUGAAUUGCAUGUAAUGAAACUUAGAGUGUCUAUCGAAAAUGCCUGUUUUGGCAAGCCGAGGUUAUUUACGAGUCAAGUCAUUGAGGCAGUGAACACAUUUCGAAACACGAUUCACAACAUGUUCGCAACACCAAGACUCAAGGAACCAGUUUGGCUGAACAUGAUGACACAUUCUUCGCAUCGCCCUCAGCUCUGUGACAAAUUCAUGGUUGAGUUGGUGGACUGCCUCAAAGUUGGAAACAGCAGGGAGACAAACUUUUUCAUGGCAGCCAUUCUGACAGCUGUGUUGCAGAAUCAUCUUGCGUGGGUGUCGACAGUAAUGCCUGCUGGAACAGCUCCUAGCCGAGCAUUUCUGGACAAACAUUCUUCCAAAACUUUGGAUCUGCUUGCUCAGUCACAUCCAUACAAUCCACUGUGGGCUCAGCUAGGGGACUUGUACGGGGCAGUCGGAUUUCCUCUUCGUGUUACAAGGACUGUAGUUGUUGGGAAAGACUCUAAAAUCGUUUCAAAAGUAUUGAAUAUCCUAAGUUAUUUCAUAAGAUGUACGGAGGUGUUUGAACAUGUACAGAGAAGAGAUGAUGAAGACAAUGAUGAUACAAAGGAAAAUCUUUCUUGUUUUGGCCAGGAAAGUGUACAGACUGUGUGCUCCCAGUGUGGAAGCAAAUCGGUUUCUGAAGUUGAAAACUCUGGGAAAAGCUUUACUGAGCCAAGUGUUUGUUUGCAAUAUAAAGAGAACAGCGAGGGGAGUUGCGCUUUACAUGACAAAUUAAAAGACAAAGAAAAGAAAGAGAUUCUACGGGAGCAAUUGCUUUCCCAGUUGCAAGGUACUAAUGGAUUUACACAUUGUUUGCAUUGCAAUGCAAGAAUUUCUGAUGUAAACACUAGGGAAAAGCUCACAGGCAUGGAAAUACUUCAGUCUGUUUGCACAUGUAACAAGAUCUCAAAUGGAGGCGUGCACAAGGAGCUGAAGCAUUUUGUGAAAGACUCAAGCCUGUUAGCUCUGGCCAAUAAUCAUUGUAACUCUUUUCAAUGUUACUGCUGCAAGAACGCAUCUGAAAAAGGAAGUAUUGCUCCUAAAGGACGAAAGAUUAAGUGUUACUGUGGGUUGGAAGUUGAUUCUGACAAGAGUUGUGGAAAACAGGAGUGUGUUCGUUGUAGUGCUCAGUGUCUAGAAAAACUUCAGUCCUCGCAAAACGGCAAAAGCCAUCAUCUCACAGAAACAAACAAUUGUCUAACAACCAAGAUUUUACAGGCUGUUCAAAGGCGAGAUUCAGUUGGCAACUGUAAUGAAAAUGUGGGCCGUCGGAUUUCUGAGGCAGACAGUUGUGUAUCUGAGGACAGAGACUCCUUGUCCCUGAGAAACAGCGUUUUAGAAAAAUGUACUGAUGUUGAAGAGACUAUAGCGUCUUAUGGAAGAAGUGGAUCAGCUGAUUCAGGAAUUCAUCAGAGCCCUUUAAACUCACCCUCCAUUAAAAAACCUGAAAGUUUUCCAAGUGUUGUCCCGUGUCAACUGGAGGAUGAGCAGAUGCCUGAAGAAAUUCCUUUACCUAGGACAGAAGAAGUGAGCUCCUCCUCAAACAGCAAAUCAGAUGACUGGAAAAUCUUCAACAACUUUGGACGAUCAAUGUUUGCAGGAAUUGUGGACAGUUAUCUGCCAGACUUGGUUCUUCAAGGUGUUCAGGAAAAUGAUUUCCGAGGAAGACUAUCCGCUGAUCUGAAGCUUGCAUUGCAGCAUUCAGUUGUGGAUGAUCCUGUUUCAGAAGCAGUGUGUAUCAUCGCCAACACUGAUAAAUGGACUUGUGAAGUUGUUUCUAUGAAAAAGAAUCGGAAACAGUCAACCUGCGAUCCCAUUUAUCAUGAACAACAAGUGGAAGUAUCCAACUUGGUGUUAUCGAUGUUGUCCUCAGUCAGUGGCCUAUGGGACAUCAAAAUGUCAGCGGAGUUUUGUCUAAUGCACCUGGAAGAUAAACUGAAAGAGAUAUAUCUAAAGAGCAAGGUUAUAACAGAGAGAUAUCGGGAAAGACGGAAGUUAUUUAGAAGUGAUAUCACAAAUAUGCUCAGUGUGGAUGACAACGAUGUUCCGUUACUGCUGGCAGUAGCUAGUACCCAUGCUCCUCAGAGUAUGACACUUGUAGGCUGAAUACGAAAUCGUCGCGUGACCUUGCAUGACAUGGAGUAUCACGCUUGACAAGAUUCAGUUGGCCCUUGAGUGAUAUACGUGUUCUUUUAGCAUCAUCAUCUCCACACGGAUGCUGUAUUGGAAUCUCUAUUUUGCGUUAUUCAUCGACGCCAUACUGGAACAGAAACAUUUUGUGUAGAAAUAUCCACUCGUGUUACAUUCAGACGGAUAUUAUCGCAACAUAACCUCUACUGGUGUGACAUUAUUCCUCGGAAGCAACUCAUUAAGUAACUUUUACCAGUCUGUGGGUAAUUUUAAGUCCUUAACUUAGAAAUGGGACUUUACCGGGCCUUUUCAAAGUGUUUAUGACAUAGAACCAACUAGAUUCGUUUAACACAAAUUACCACUCUAUUACACGGGUGGAUUAUAAUGAAUUCAAAAUAUACAGCGGGAUUUGGAACAAAUUCGCGGGGGCAGAAAGCUAGGGCCGUUACGAAAUUGGUAGUCGCUUGUGAGGAGUACUUUUCCACUUCCAUGCUUUCGCGAAUGUGAAAGAUAAUUUUUCUCAUUCUGUUUUUCUUUUCGUACAGUACACUAACAAAUCCGUCUCACGCUCGCUUGUCAAGACUACGCUACCUCUUUUUACUGGGAGAAUGUGUAGGGAUACAUUUUUACUAGCAUAGUACCUCACAGAAAACAAAGCUGCGCAAAUUGGUUGCAAGCCACGCUUAUCAAGGUAUAAAUCUGUUGUUUUCUAUGGAUUAUUUCAACGAAAAUAGUCUUGCCCAUGUAUUUCUAAGAGAUAAAAAAUUUUUUUGUAAUGGGAAAGAAACAGUAUUGACCCGAGAUUAUCGUCAGUUAUCUUCCCAUGGGAGAAACUGUCCUGCAUUUCUCGCUUGCCUGAUGAAAAUUUUAGGAGAAGAGUGCAUCGUAAUCCGCGUCGCUCAUAUUUAUUACUAAAUGCAGCUAUUUUCGUAGCGGCCGUAUAUUAAAUCGUAGAAUUUUAUCGGAAAUAAAUGAGGAGAAAUACGA